AUGGACUGGCUAGCGACGAACUAUGCUAACAUUGAUUGUUAUCAGAAGAAGGUGAUUUUUAGACCACCCGACAAGCUAGAAUUCAGUUUUGUGGGGUCGCAGGUGAGUUCCCCGCCCCAGUUAGUGUCAUCCAUGCAGGCAAGAAGACUACUCCUGGAUGGGUGUCAGGGGUUUAUGGCUUUCGUGAAAGAGGUGUCAGAGAAUGAGUUGAAGCUUAGCGGCACACCAGUGGUUAAAGAAUUCUUAGAUGUUUUUCCAGAAGAAUUUUCAAGGUUGCCUCUCGACCAUGAGGUGGCAUUUCUGGGACACGUUAUCUUAAGUGAUGGAAUUUCAGUGGAUCCCAGCAAGAUUGAUGCAGUUGUGAAGUGGGUCAGGCCAAUAAAUGUUCAGGAAAUCAGGAUUUUCUUCGGGCUAGCAGGUUAUUACCAUUGA